UGUAGGCAACCUCAGACAGGUGGAGGAGACGUCCUCAAGCAGCUGCACCGUGGUUGGAGCAGAUCGGCUCGGACUGGGCUGGGCUCUGGCUGGGCUGUAGGACUUGCAGAGGUGGCGGCCGUGCACGCUCGGCGCGCGGAUCCUCCUGUAGCUGCUGGAUUCACAGUAUGAUACCAGAUCCAUGGGCUGAUUUGCCCAUCAUGAGUCUUUGCACACAUGCUGGAAACUCAAAUGUGGACUCGGGGAGGACGAAGGAUGUAGUUGCAAUGGAAUAAGGAUGUGUACACAUGGGCUUCGAUUUUUUUCCCCCUGAGAUUAUUGGCUUCUGAUAUCUAACAGCCUGUCUUGGCCAUGGAGAACCAAACAGCCGAACCGCAGAACUAUGAAGAUGUGCAGAAAAGCGGCUAUCUCCGCAAGCAUAAAUCAAUGCACCGGCGAUUCUUCGUGCUGAGGGCGGCCUCGGAGCAUGGUCCUGCUCGACUUGAGUAUUAUGAGAACGAGAAGAAAUUCCGCAGUAAAUCACCUGUGCCCAAAAAAGUCCUGAACCUGGAGAAUUGCUUCAACAUCAACAAGCGGGCAGAUUCCAAGAACAAGCACAUGAUAGUCCUUUAUUCCCGCAGCGAGAGCUUUGCCAUCGCCGCAGACAGCGAGGAGGUCCAAAAUGAGUGGUACCAAGCAAUGCUGGACCUCCAGUGCAACUGUAAAACUCCUGAAGACUAUGGCAGUAGUGGAGAGUGUAGCUCUCCGUCUCCCGUUCCAACCUUCAAGGAAGUAUGGCAGGUCAAGGUUUGGCCUAAAGGUCUUGGACACGCCAGGAACUUAGUGGGCAUUUACCGGCUGUGCCUAACUGACAAGACAGUCAACUUUGUCAAACUCAACUCUGAUGUGGCAGCUGUGGUGUUGCAGCUGAUGAAUGUUCGCAGGUGUGGCCAUUCAGAGAAUUUCUUCUUCAUUGAGGUGGGUCGCUCAGCGAUUACCGGCCCUGGAGAGUUCUGGAUGCAGGUGGAUGACUCUGUGGUGGCUCAGCACAUGCACGAGACCCUGCUGGAGGCCAUGAAGGCCCUAAGUGAGGAGUUCCGUCAGCGCAGUAAAUCUCAGUCUGUGGGGACGUCGUGUGGAGGUGGUACUGCUUCAAACCCCAUCAGUGUCCCGAGCCGUCGGCAUCAUCCGAAUCUGCCACCAAGCCAGGUGGGCUUUUCCAGACGAGCCCGCACAGAGACCCCUGGAACAGGAGGCAGCAGCACGAGCACUUCACCUACGUCACGCCACGGAUUUCCAAGGGCACGGACUGCGAGCAUCGGGGCCAGGUCGGAGGAGGGCGGAGCAAGUGCCAAAGGAACAUGGGCCAGCUCCAGCCCAAGUCUUAAUGGUUCCUGUUCAACUACGCCGACGCUGAGGCCCAAGCCCACCAGGGCCCCAACUCCUGCUAAGAUUACCCUCAGUCUUGCCCGUUACACUCCUAACCCUGCUCCCUCUCCGGCGCCCAGUCUGUCCUCCAGCUCUGGUCAUGGCUCAGAGUGUGGCCUAGUGGGAGCAGCAGUGGGAGGCAUGAUGAUCUGCUCCUACCCUCGCGUUUCUCAGAGAGUUUCUGUUUCAGGUUCACCAAGCGACUACGGCUCUUCAGAUGAAUAUGGCUCCAGUCCUGGGGAACACUCUCUGCUCGUACCCAAUCUGUCUGGACAUCACGGAGAAGGCUCCUCCAGUUAUAUAGUGAUGGGACAGCGAGAGGGUCUCCUUGGUUCCCAUCAUCGCUCAAAAGGCCGACGGAUUUUGCGGCGCUCAUCCAGUAGGGAGUCUGAGGCCGAGCGCAGACUACUAAGUAAGAGGGCUUCCCUGCCUUUGGCUGCCCAUGAACGGUUGACCACACAUAGAAAAGAUGAAGACGAUGAAGAGGAUGAAGAAUAUGCCAUCAUGUCGCAGAGUGCUAACCAAGAGAGAGUUGAUUUGCACCAUGGCUUAGGGGGGUUGGCGGUUGGGGGUGGGGCUCUUGAUGCAGUAGAGAAAAAUAGGAAGAGGGCUGACAAGAGCAGGCGAGAAGUGGAAGGUGGAGCAGCCGUGGAUAGUGGCUAUAUGUCAAUGUUGCCCGGAGUCACGUCUCCUCCUGUUUCACUCUCUCUCUCCAUGUCUGACACCAGUGCUAAACCUGGGGCAGAUGAUGAGUAUAUGGCCAUGACCCCCAACAACAGUGUCUCCCCCCCUCGGCACAUCCGCCAGCCCAGUACAGAGGGCUACAUGGUCAUGUCUCCCAAUAGCAGCAGCUCCUCAGACCUUCACGGAUUGAGCAUGUGGGAUAGCAGGGCCAGCAUGGAGAGCCGGGCUGCAAGUGAUUACAUGAAUAUCUCACCUGUCUGCAGCCGCUCUGCCUGCAGUACACCGCCUUCCCACCCCGAACAGCACCAACUGCAACCAAAAAUGUUCAAUUCCUAUUUCUCCCUGCCACGAGCUUAUCAACAUACUCUCUAUACUCGCUUUGAGGAGGACCUAAACAAAGGGGAAGGAAAAAAGGACAGCAGUGGGCAUGAGAGUGCUGGAAGAGGGGGGGGAGCGGGAUACAGCAAGAGAAACAAAAUUGCAGCAGGCUCUGCAGGAAGCUGUCAACUCUCCAUGUCUUCCUCUUCCUUCUCCUCCAGCUCUGCCAGCAGUGAGAGCCUGGAAGACAAGUUUAUAUCUGCAGGGAAAGGGUUAAGUUUAGUAAGAACUGGAGCAGAGUACAAGGUUGCGGGAACACAAAAAGAUGGGCGUCAUCAUCAAAAACGUGGAUCAAGUAGUAAGAGCCCAAAGCAGCAAAGGAGGGGUGUGUCUUCUGACAUCACUAAAGCAAACACCCUGCCCAGGGUCAAGGAGAAUCUGCUGCCAUCAGUAUCUCAAAACGUCGAUGAGUAUGUCAGCAUUGUGUUCAAUGAGGCAAGUAAGUAUGGCGGAGGGCGACGUUCUGGGUCUGAACGUGGACAACCCGUGAUCCAUGGAACCCUCCGGCCUUUGAAUCAACCACUUCUCUGCCAUGAUAACCCUGUUAACCUUCCUCGCAGCUUCUCGGCUCCUUUGUCCACCUCCGCCGAAUACGUCACCAUGGACUUAAGGAAGUCCUCAUCGCCCCUGACUCCUGUUAGAUCCACAUUCAGCGCCCCGCAGGGCCCACCAGCUGUUACCCCCAAGGCCCGACAUGAACACAGCACGCCCUCUUCUCUGGCAGCAGAGGGCAAUGCCGGGUACAGAACAAAAGCAAAGAUGGCAACAAUGCCAACAGAUGCCCCUACUCCAUUUAUUGACAUCAAAGGUUCAGAUCCCAGCAUUUCAGCAAGACCUGCCAUCCACUCUGGUCAACCCUCAUCCAUUGAUCAGGAGACAAGCUUGGGUUUUUCCCCUCUCAAGUCCUUCCAGUCUCCUGAGCGGAGCAGCAGAUCGGUCCGAGGUGACUCCCAGGGACGGCAGAGCCACCGUUCAGAGACUUUUAACUCACCCCCCUCCCUACCACGCCACGCACCCUCUUCUACCUCCAUCUUCCCAGAGGGCAGCCAGGCGGCGAGCCAUCGGCAGGGUUUGGAUUGCUCACUGUGGGAGAACAGGCAGGCGGCUAGUUUAUCUGCCACACCUCCACCACAAGCCUCAACCUCAUCUGCUGAACAAGGCCUUAAUUAUAUUGACCUGGACCUGGCCGUUAAGGAGAGCCCUCAAGCCGGAGUGGAGCGAACCUCUGCCACCUACAACAUCGGAGGAAGCUCUAUGGGCUGCAGUGCUGGCUCCGGCCUCAACACUUAUGCCAGUAUUAAUUUCUAUAAGUCAGAAGAACUGAGAGCACACCAGAACAGUAGAAAGGAUGGUCAAGAAAAUGUUCUGAUCUUCUACAGCUGA